AUGCCUGGGCGUAUCCCCCUUAUCAGCUUCCCAAUCACGACCACUGGGUAUAAAAGGCUUUCGACUGAAGGACUGAGCAACCGUUUUUCGACUUCGCGAGAGACUAUCACCAUGUCAUCGCCACUACCGUCCACUGAUUUGGAAGAGAAGAAGCAGAAGGUCGAUGACAAAGUCGAUAGUGUCGAAAAGCGCGCUGUUCAGAACAAGACUAAAAUUUUUACUAAUUUUCCUAAAAAUUCGACAUCAUCAGAAAAUUAUGACAAUUCAGAUACGAGCUGA